AGCUAGCUUAGUACAUAUAUACUUGUAAAAAGAAUGAAUCUUUUUUCAUUUUUUUUUUUUUUUUUUUUUUCUUGGGGUUAUGGGCAUGAACUGAAUCUAUAUAUAGUUGUUGCAUUUUAUAUUGUUUUGUGUUCUUAAGUUGUUGCAAUGGAGAUUAAUGAUUCUCGUGGAAGAAGCGGAAGCUUUAGAAUAAACAGUUCGUCCUUAUGGAGCAAUGGGACGGAUGGUUUUGCAAAGUCGUCCCGGCGGCUGCAGGAAGAUGAUGAUGAUGAAGCAGCACUGAAGUGGGCUGCACUUCAGAAAGUUCCAACCUUUGACCGCUUGAAGAAGGGGUUGAUGACUGGAUUAAGAGGAGAGACCUUUGAAGUUGAUAUAAACAACAUUGGAUAUGAAGAAAAGAAAAAAAUCCUUGAGAGGUUGAUAAAAGUUCCAGAAAGGGAUAAUGAGACUUUCCUAUUGAAACUUAAGGAUCGCAUGGAAAGGGUUGCAAUUGAUAUUCCUAAAGUUGAGGUGAGAUUUGAGCAUUUAAAUGUGGGUGCUGAAGCUUAUGUAGGAAAAAGAGCUUUGCCUUCUGUCACAAACUUUUGCUUAAAUAUACUGGAGGGGCUAUUGAGCUAUCUCUACCUGCCUACAACCAAAAAACACAAUUCUAUUCUUCGUGAUGUUAGUGGAAUCAUCAAGCCUGGCAGAAUGACACUGCUCUUAGGGCCUCCAAGUUCAGGGAAAACGAGCCUUCUGCUGGCAUUGGCAGGGCAACUUGAUCCUAGUUUGGAAUUUUCUGGAAGAGUUUCUUACAAUGGGCAUGAAAUGAAUGAAUUUGUACCCAUGAGAACUGCUGCUUACAUCAGCCAGCAUGACCUCCAUAUUCCAGAAAUGACUGCCCGAGAAACCCUGGCCUUUUCUGCAAGAUGCCAAGGUGUUGGCUCCAGAUAUGAAAUGUUAGCAGAAUUAUCUAGAAGAGAAAAAGCAGCAAAUAUUAGGCCUGAUCCUGAUAUAGAUAUUUUUAUGAAGGCAGCUGCAACAGAUGGUCAGAAAGCAAAUGUAAUAGUAGACUACAUCAUCAAGGUUUUGGGGCUUGAAGGCUGUGAGGACACAAUUGUAGGAAAUGAAUAUUUACGUGGUAUGUCAGGAGGAGAACGAAAGAGGCUUACUGCAGGUGAAAUGCUUGUUGGACCAGCAAAUGUUUUGUUGAUGGAUGAAAUAUCAACUGGUUUAGACAGUUCAACUACUUUCCAAAUUCUAAAAUCUAUCAAACAUUAUAUACACAUUCUCCAUGGAACUGCAGUGAUUGCUCUUCUCCAGCCUGCACCUGAGUGUUAUGAUCUGUUUGAUGAUAUUAUUCUCAUAUCUGAAGGCCAGAUCGUCUAUCAGGGUCCAUGUAACUGUGUGCUUGAAUUUUUUGAAUGUCUGGGGUUCAGAUGUCCAGAAAGAAAAGGAGUGGCUGAUUUCUUGCAAGAAGUAACAUCAAGGAAAGAUCAAAUGCAGUAUUGGAUCCGUAAGGACAACAAGCCUUACAGAUUCGUGACCAUAAAUGAAUUUUCUGAAGCAUUUCAAUCUUUUCACAUUGGCCGCAACUUAGGAGAUGAGCUUGCAACUCCAUUUCAAAAGAGUACAAGUCAUCCCGCUGCUUUAACUACCAAAACAUAUGGAGUUAGUAAGAUGGAGCUCUUGAAAUCUUGUUUUUCCAGAGAAGUUCUGCUGAUGAAGAGAAACUGUGUUCUUCAUAUAUUUGAAGUUGGUUGGGUGGUGCUUAUGGCAUUGAUUACAAUGACACUGUUCAUAAGGACCAAUAUGCAACGAAACUCUCCAAUUGGUGCACAGAUUUACAUGAGCUCCCUGUUCUUUACCCUUACUGUCAUCAUGUUUAGUGCAUUACAAGAGUUAGCCCCUACUAUUUUUAGGCUUCCUAUUUUCUACAAGCAAAGGGACCUUCUAUUUUAUCCUGCCUGGGCCUAUGCUAUACCUACAUUUAUCCUCAGGAUUCCCAUAACAUGUAUAGAAGUUUCUGUCUGGGUAUUCUCCACAUACUAUGUCAUUGGUUAUGAUCCAAAUUUUGGAAGGUUACUCAAAAUGUGGGUUUUACUCAUAAUUUUCAGACAACUUGCAUCUGUGUUAUUUAGAUCUGCUGCAGUAGUAGGCAGGAGUAUGACUAAUGCAUUUGUGGUCGGUUCAUUCAUAAUGCUUGUGCUUUUCGCCUUGGGUGGCUUUAUCUUGUCGCGAGAUGAUGUGAAGAAAUGGUGGAUCUGGGGUUAUUGGAUAUCACCUUUGAUGUAUGCUCAAAAUGCUAUUGCAGUAAAUGAAUUCCUUGGGAAAAGUUGGAAUACUGUCCUUCCGUUUUCAUCAGAACCAUUUGGUGUUCUAGUACUCAAGUAUCGUGGGCUUUUCCCCGAGGCGUAUUGGUACUGGCUUGGAGUAGGGGCACUGAUUGGAUUCACAAUUUUCUCAAUCUUCAUUUAUACUCUAGCUCUGGCAAAGCUAAGACCACUGGCACAAUCUCGUGCCAACAUCUCAGCAGAAUCACAUAGCAAUGAACAUGAUGUGAGCAAUGGAGGAUCCGAUAACUCAGUUGGUGAGAGAGUAUCUGAUGGGAUGAGUAACAGAAAGCAUGGGAUGAUCCUUCCAUUUGAACCACACUCCAUUGCAUUUAAUGACAUUAAAUAUUGUGUAGACAUGCCACAGGAGAUGAAGAUUGAGGGAGUUGAGGAUAAUCGUCUUGAGCUUUUGAAAGGUGUAAGCGGGGCUUUCAGGCCUGGUGUUCUGACAGCUCUCAUGGGCGUUAGUGGUGCAGGUAAAACGACGCUGAUGGAUGUCCUGGCUGGGAGGAAAACCGGUGGAUAUAUUGAAGGGGAGAUUACGAUAUCUGGCUUCACAAAGAAGCAGAAAACAUUUGCUCGCAUUUCUGGAUACUGUGAACAAAACGACAUCCAUUCUCCUCACCUUACAGUGUAUGAAUCCUUGAUUUUUUCAGCUUGGCUCCGCUUACCAUCAGAAGUAACUUGUGAAACUAGAAAGUUGUUCAUCAAGGAGGUGAUGGAGUUGGUUGAACUUACCUCUUUGAGAGAAGCGGUGGUUGGGUUACCUGGGGUGAAUGGUCUAUCAACUGGACAACGGAAAAGGCUGACCAUCGCGGUUGAAUUGGUGGCUAAUCCUUCUAUCAUCUUCAUGGAUGAGCCAACCUCAGGCCUUGAUGCAAGGGCUGCUGCAAUAGUUAUGAGGACAGUUCGGAACAUUGUUGACACUGGUAGAACAAUUGUCUGCACAAUCCAUCAGCCCAGCAUCGACAUAUUUGAGGCUUUUGAUGAGUUGCUCCUAAUGACACUAGGAGGGCAGGAAAUUUAUGUUGGCCCAUUAGGGCAUCAUUCUUGCCAUUUAAUAGCUUAUUUUGAGAGCAUUGAAGGCAUCAUCAAAAUAAGAAAUGGUUAUAAUCCUGCUACAUGGGUUCUGGAAAAUACAACGCGUGAAAAGGAAGAGGCUCUGGGGAUUAAUUUCAAUGAGAUGUACAGAAAGUCACAACUGUACCAGAGAAACCAGGGUUUGGUUAAAGAACUGAGCACACCUCCUCCAGGUUCGAGGGAUCUAAGUUUUCCAACUGAGUACUCACGCCCUUUCUUCACUCAAUUCAAAGCAUGCCUACAGAAACAACGAUGGUCCUACUGGCACAACACGUCGUACACUGCAAUUAGAGCCCUUUUCACUACUGUUAUUGCAUUGCUGUUUGGUACUAUGUUCUGGGAUCUUGGUGGAAAGAGGAGUAGGGCACAGGACUUGUUCAAUGCCAUGGGUUCCAUGUAUGCAGCUGUUCUCUUCAUCGGUACUCUAAAUGCGUUCACUGUUGAGCAAGUAGUUGUAGUAGAAAGAACAGUUUUUUACAGAGAAAGAGCUGCAGGGAUGUAUUCCACCAUGCCUUUCGCCUUUGCAAUGAUUGUGAUUGAGCUCCCAUAUAUUCUGAUACAAGCAGUUGUAUAUGGCACCAUAGUGUAUUCCAUGAUUGGAUUCGAGUGGACAGGCGAGAAGUUUUUGUGGUACCUUUUCGUUAUGUUCUUGACAUUCUUGUACUCCACUUUCCUGGGCAUGAUGGCAGUGGCCAUGACUCCAAAUGUGGACAUUGCAUCCAUUGUGGCAUGUGGGGCGUUCGGGAUAUGGAACCUCUUCUCCGGCUUCUUGAUUCCACGGCCUCAUGCUCCGGUGUGGUGGAGAUGGUAUUUUCUCUUCUCACCUGUUUCUUGGACACUGUACGGAUUGGUGGCUUCCCAGUUCGGAGAUGUUGAGGAUGUUUUGGAGACAUCUGACACGGUGGAGACCUUCUUGAGAACCUAUUUUGGUUACAGACGUGAUUUUUUGGGAGAAACUGCAGCCAUUCUCUCUUCAUUUGUUCUGCUCUUUGCUCUCAUGUUUGCUUUCUGCAUGAAGAUAUUCCAUUUCCAGAAGCGUUAGUUAAUACUAUAAGCACCCUACACAAAUUACUGUAAUUCCAACAAUAAUUACAUAAGUUUUCAAUUUCAUUCUCAGAUCAAUUAUGUUUAAAAGCAUACUGUAAAUUUGAAGUCUAAAAAAUUUAGAUGCAUAUUAUAAUGAAAUGAUUCU